AUGGAACACAGACAUAGAUCAGGUCCAUUGAAACAACAAAACAAAUCAUUCAAAGCAGGUAGACAUGACAGUAAAGGAACUAUCAAGAGAAGAGCUGCCGGUAAGGUAGAGACAAACAGCGGUGUAAGACAAUCCGUCAAAGCAUCGGCUGUUGUCAACUCUCGUCAACAUGAAAUGCGUCAAAAACAACUUAAACAAUCGCAAUCGAAACGUGCAGAAUCAAUAGAAAGAGCAAGACUUGGAUUACCUGAAUUGGCUGCUCCAAGAAUUGUUUGUAUCAUUUCAUUAUCGGAAGGAGUUAAUAUGAAUAAAUUGAAAUCAAAUUUAUUGUCGAAAUUCGAAUUGAGUGCAGAGGAACAAUCAGCAUUCUUGAAUACCGUUUGUUUGACUUCAAAGGUUAGAGCCAGUGUGAUGGCAUGUGACUUUAGAGAGGUCAAUCGUUUAAUGGACUAUAUCAAGUUGGCGGAUAUCGUAUUGUUUGCUAUCGAUGCUCAGACUUUUACUGGAACGCUCGACCAAGUUGCAGAGAGAACAUGUUCGGUGAUCAAAGCACAGGGUGUUCCAUCGUCGAUGCUCCUCCUACAGAACCUCGAUAAGGUUCCACAGAAAAAGAAGAACGAUCUGAAGAAACAGAUUACCACUCUCUAUCAUUUCCAUUUCCCUGAGGAACCAAAGGUGUUGGCUGCCGACACACCAGAGGAGCACGCCCAGAUUCUUCGUUUUGUGGAAUCGAUGCAUAUCAAUGAUAUCCAAUGGCGUAACUACCGUCCCUAUCUACUGGUGGAGAAGAUGGAGAAUGACGUCAGUGGUAAUCUGGUGGUGACUGGAUUCGUUCGUGGAAAUAACAUGUCGGCGAAACAAGUCGUUCAUUUGCCGGGUGUCGGUGACUUCCAGAUUGCCAAGAUCGAAGAGGGAUGCGAUCCGCACGAAACCAAAUACAAACGUGCAAAAGCAGCUGGACAAACGAUGGCAAUGGAUACUGAAUUAAAGAUAUUGGAUCAAUCGACACCAGAGGAGCGUGAUACUUUGCAAACUCACAACAUUCCAGAUUACAACGAACAGGAACAGACUAUGCCAACCAACGAGGAAAUUGCAAUGGCUGCCAAUAGAAAGAAGGUUCUGGUGCCAAAGGGUACCUCUAGCUAUCAGGCAUCGUGGUAUCUCGAUGAAGAAGGUGAAGGUGACGACGGUGAAGGAUUUAUGGAUGAUGAAAUGAUGGAGAAUGCUGCCGAUGAAGAUGGAAUGGCCGAAGGUGACGAAGAAGAAGAAACUGCCGCUCAAGAAGCGGGUGAAGAAGAGGAAUUGGAAGAAUUGGAAUUAAAUCAAGAUAAAUGGAAAGGAAAAACCAAAGAGGAUAUCGAAAAAAUUAAAGAACAAGAGGAACAAGACGAUAUGAAGGAUGGCGACGACGAUGACGACGAUGAAUCCGAAGACGAAGUAGAUGAAAAAGAUAGAGAACAAAACGAAUUUGAAUUCCCAGAUGAAGUUCAAACACCAGAGAACUUCCCAUGUCGUGUUAGAUACUCAAAGUACCGUGGUUUAAAGAGUUUCCGUUCAUCGCCUUGGGACGCCAUGGAGAACCUACCGAUCGACUAUGCACGUAUCUUCCAAUUCCACUCGUUCAACCAAUCGAUGAAAGCAUCGAUUGCCAUCCAAGACAAAGCUCCAGUCAAGCCAGACACCUACGUGCGUAUCACUCUGGUGAACGGUCCAAUCACCACAGCACCACCCGUCCUCAGAGAACCAAUGAUUCUUUCGGGUUUGAUGCGUUAUGAAAACAAGGUUUCCGUUCUCCACUUUGCCGUCGAGAAGCAUCGUUCUCACGACGACGUCAUCAAGUCGAAAGAAGAGGUAUUCUUCCACAUUGGUUUCAGAAAGUACUCUGCCAAUCCAAUCUAUAGUAUCAGUGCACCGAAUUGCGAUAAACAGAAAUACGAACCCUAUUUGUUUGCCGGUCGUAAUUCAGUGGCAACGAUUUUCGCGCCAAUCACAUUCCCCCCUGCACCACUGUUGGUUUUCCGUGACUCUAGUUGCGAGCAGCUGGUCGCCACCGGUCACCUCUUGAGUGUCAAUCCCGAUAGAAUCAUAUGUAAACGUAUUAUUUUGACUGGUCGCAUUGCCAAAGCACUGAGUAGAAAGUUUGUUACUAUACGCGAUAUGUUUUACUAUCCCGAGGAUAUCGAAUGGUUCAAGAAGAUCGAACUCUACACCAAGUAUGGUCGUGUCGGUCACAUCAAGGAAUCACUCGGUACUCACGGUAGAAUGAAAUGUCUGUUUGACGGAAAGAUGGAUCAAUCCGAUACUGUUUGUCUCAAUUUAUAUAAGCGUGUCUAUCCUAAAUGGGUUUUACCAUUGUCAGAAGAAGAGUUACAAGCACAACAACAACAAAAACAACAGAUUCAAAAUGAUAUGGAAAAUUAA